AUGGAAUCCAUCGCUGUGUUCUCGCGCUGCUCCGGCUUUGACGUUUUACUGGAGAUGAGAGCGGUGAUGUCACGCACUGGCACCGCGCUGUGUGUCGGGGGAGACGAGGGGCAGGGGGCAAGAAGGGGAGGGGUGGGUGGGGGGGUGUUAGUGGUGGGGCCAAAUCCAAACAAAGCUCCAGGAAAAGGCCCCAGCUCUGGUGCUAAGGGCCGAUACACCGACGGCAGACUGGAAAACAACAGGAAACACAUGUGCUGGGGUCGAUACAGUCAGAGACCUCGCAGGCCUCAAUGCAGCUAUACAGAGGAGAGAGGACCACCGCUGUUCCCUUUGACACUUCCUUAUCCGCUGAGGAGGCCAAAGAUCAGCGCAGUGGGACGGACACACGGCUAUCAGGGCUGA